ACAAAAUUUGCCACACCUUGGUUUCUGUCAAUGCUUCACAAUGGAUAAUGACGAUGGCGUAGACGACGUCGGACAACGUGCCGCGUCUAACAAUUCUGCCCUUGACGAAGUACGACGUAUGCGUGGGCGACUAAGUCUUAAAUUGCUACUUUCAUGCGAUCAACACGUCAAGGAUAUUAUAUUCCAGACACCCUUCGUAACGGCAUACGAGCUAAAAGGGAACAACGAAUGGGAACGUGCUGGUAUAGAAGGAUUCCUAUAUUUGCUACAACGCGAUGCUGAACCUGCGCACAGUAUAAUCGUGGUUAACCGGAAAUUAGAACAUCACCUCAUCGAGUACAUUACACCUGAAUUCCAAGUGGCUCUGGAGGGUAAUUUUAUAUUCUACCGCAGCUUAAAUACCGCUACUGGCACAAUGCAUAAUAUCAGAGGACUGUGGUUCUACGACGAGAAGGAAUGCAUGACUACGUACAAUAAGAUAUUCGAGGUCAUAAUCAACAGGGAGCCUUUGUCAGGCUUUAAACGCGAUAGCAAUGUAACUUCAACGAACGAAGUGAAGCAACCCAUUCCAUCCUCUAUCCAUGGUACAGCAGCACCUUCGCAGGUACAGAUGUCUACUGAAGAUAUCGAUAUGCGUAUUGAAAUGUUAAGCAUGAAGAAAAAAGGAGGUUUGGUACAUCCAGGUGUGAACGCUCAUCGGAGAAUUAGUGAUGCCAAUACAACACCUAGGCAAGAAGCACAAGUUCAGAUGCCGUCAAUGGGAAUGCUACAUGGAUACAAUGUCGAACACACUGCAGAAUCACAUAGCCAUCAAGCCCCGCCGGCAAAUGCUCUACCUAUUCCUAGCCGACUACCUGGAUACAACCUAACAGUAAAAAGCGCUCAAGCAUACUCCAGUGACCACAAGCAAAUGUCUAUUCCCAUUCGUCCUACAGUGAGUAACCCUAGAGAAAAUGAAAUGGAUUACACAUCGUUCCCAAUGAAUACUAAUAUGAACCAUUACACCCAAGGGCCCAUGAUGGCUACACAUCAGCCAUCCAGAGAAACGCAAUCUAUACCAAUACAACCACGACAAGAAAUGGAGAUUAAAAUAACAUAUGACAUGCUAUGUUCUGCUUUCGCAGAAACCAUGCAAAGUGAAGAAUUCCUUCGCCUGGUAUGGCGUCGCCUAGCCUUGAAGGCGUCACACUACUUAUGAUGAUAUGUUUGUCACUGUAUAAUUUAUAUUAUAUUCUAUAUAAUGAAACC